GUACCAAAAGAAAAGGUUAUAUAGACAUUUCUAUUUUUCAUAAAUUCAUAGUAAUGCAUGCAUUGCAAUUUGCAUAGUAAACUUGAUUUGUUGAUUUCAUCCAUGGUUUUAUCAAAACAUUGUUGAUCAUUAUCGAGGUUCAUAUUUUUCAAAGAUGAAGAUGGGACGUGCCAUGAGUAAAAAGUUUCAAUUGUUUUUGUGGUUUAGAAUGGCUUUGCAACUAUGUUUCAUGUUUGGUGCCUCUUCUGAGCAUAUAUCUUUCAGAAGAAGCUUAAGUAAUGUUCAAUCUCCAGUCACCAUUGUGAUUAAUCAAAUUCAAAGUUCUCCACAGGUGGUGAUUAGCAAUGGCAUCUUUACCCUCACAUUGGCAAAUCCUGGGGGGUAUAUCACAGGAAUAUCAUAUUCUGGAAUUGAAAAUGUACUUGAAGGUGGAAAUGAAGAUAUUGAUAGAGGGUACUUUGACGUUGUUUUUGGCAAAACUUUUCAAAGAGUUCACGGGACAAGUUUCACCGUCAUAACAAGGAAUGAGAAUAUAGCAGAGGUUUCAUUUUUAAGGAAAUGGCAACCCUCAGACAGUUCAAGUGUCCCUAUAAACAUAGACCAAAGGUACAUAGUACGAAAAGGCGAUUCAGGAUUUUAUACUUACGUGAUAUUUGAUCGACCAACAGGAUUUCCUGCUAUCUCAGUUAGUCAAAUAAGGACCGUUUUUAAGCCCAAAGAAAGCUUGUUCAACUAUAUGGCCGUAUCAGAUAUUAUACAAAGAAAAAUGCCAGAAAUGAAAGAUAGAGAAACUGGUCAACCUUUAGCAUUUCCUGAAGCAGUGCUCUUAACAAAUCCAUCUGAUUCACAAUUUAAAGGAGAAGUGGAUGAUAAAUACCAAUACUCAACUGAGAACCAAUACAACCAAGUAAAUGGAUGGAUUACUGCAGAUUCUGAAAAGCCCGUGGGCUUCUGGAUCAUAACACCAAGUAAUGAGUUCCGAAAUGGUGGGCCUGUUAAGCAAGACCUCACAUCUCAUGUCGGCCCAAUUUGCCUCUCUAUGUUUGUGAGCACUCACUAUGCUGGCAAAACGGUAGCUAUAGAAUUGAAACAAGGAGAAGCUUAUAAAAAGGUCUUUGGCCCUAUUUUUGUUUACUUGAAUACUGCACCAAGUAAGGAUAAAUUCAAAUCUCUAUGGACAGAUGCUAAACAAAAGCUAGCAAAUGAAGUCAAAAGUUGGCCUUAUAAUUUCGUUCAAUCAAAAGAUUUCAUUCCAUCUAAUCAACGGGGAACUCUAUCGGGACAUUUACAAGUCAAAGACGGGGCAAACAAACCUCAAAAUGCUAACAAUGCUUACAUCGGUCUAGCAUUGCCUGGACCUGCAGGAUCAUGGCAGAGUGAAAGCAAGGGUUAUCAAUUUUGGAUCCGAUCAGAUCAAAAUGGAAACUUUCUUAUAAAUAAUAUUGUACCUGGGACAUACAACUUAUUUGCAUGGGUUCCUGGCUACAUUGGAGAUUAUAUUUAUAAAGAUCAAAUUACAAUUAAACCAGGAAGCAAAAUCAACUUGAAUUCACUUGUAUAUAAUCCUCCAAGAAAUGGCCCAACUCUUUGGGAAAUUGGCAUUCCAGAUCGUUCAGCCGGCGAAUUUUAUGUACCAAACCCUUACCCUAACCUCAUAAACAAAUUAUACGUGAACGACAACAAAGACAGGUAUAGGCAAUACGGGAUAUGGAAUCGUUACACCGAUUUAUAUCCCAAAAACGAUCUUGUUUACAAGGUUGGUGUUAAUGACUGGAAAAAGGAUUGGUUUUUUGCUCAUGUUCCAAGGAUUGUAGGAAAUAAAACAUUCCAAGCAACUACAUGGAGUGUUGUAUUUAAACUUGAUAGUGUAGUGCGCGGAAACUAUACAUUACAAUUGGCCCUUGCUAGUGCCUCUAAUGCUGAAGUUCAGGUUUGGUUCAAUAAGGUGAGCGCUAAUCCUUUCUUCACGACAAAGCGAAUAGGUGAUGACAACGCGGUACCAAGGCAUGGAAUUCAUGGAUUAUAUUGGUUGUUUACCAUAGAAGUACCUAGUAUUAAUUUGGUGAAAGGAAUUAAUACGGUAUAUUUGAGACAACCAAGAUUUCAAUCAUUAUUUCAAGCAGUUCUAUACGAUUAUAUCCGUUUAGAGAGUCCACCAACUACCUUAAAUGUUUGAUUCUUGCAAUAUUGGAGGAUGAAGAUAUACAUAUAAGCACGAGUUUAUAGUAUGGAUAUAAGAGAAGAUAAUUUGAAAGAGAGAAUAAAUUUUAGGAAAAUAGACAAAUUAGUCAUUUAUAGUAUGGAUAUAAGAGAAUUUUAGGAUAUGGGAUUCUCUUCUCAAAGUCCAAUUAUUAGUUUUAUUGUAUUGUAUACAUCUAUUUAUCAAAGCAAUAAUAAAGAAGAUGUUUGUAACCAAAAAAAAAAAAAAAGAAGAUGUUUUUAAUUUUGUGCUUAUAUAUUUCCUUAUGUUUGUUAUAAUGCUAGUUCAAUUUUUAAUAAUCUAUAAAAAAUGAAAUGAGUCAAAAAAAA